AUGCCCCGAUCCGUCAUGCCCUCUAGCAACUUGCUCCUUUUCACAGAUCAAUCGCAGGAGCCGGCGAACUUUCUGAAAUCUCUUCUCCAGGAUCCUAAUCAUGCCCGCUCGCUAUAUCCGUUUAUUCAAGCCAGCAUUUCAGCCCUUAAGCACGAAGUGAGACUUUUGCGGCCGACGGAGCAAAAACUAUUUGUUUCUAUGGAUUCCAUUGCGGGACUCAUCGCCCAGGCACAAGCAGCGGAAAAGAAUUUAAUUACAUCUACUGUUCUGCUUUGUAUAGCACAAUUGUGUUCCUUGCAAAUAUGUUUGAAGCAAAACCCUAAUCUGUUAGUGGAUGACAAGAACCGAACCUAUCUUUUGGGCCUUUGUACUGGUUUCUUGCCAGCUGUUGUUGCAGCCACCUGCAAAAACCGGGAGGAAUUGGUCGAUUUUGGAAGCAAAAUUGUUUGCGUGGCUUUGCGCCUAGCCGUGGAGGUCCAUCAUCGGUCACAGGUUAUCGAGAACACUUCUGGCAGUUGGUCCACAGUGAUACGUGGUGUCUCGCAAACGGAAUUGAAAGAUAUCCUGGAUGAAUUUCACAUCACACAGAAUGUCCCCCCGCCUCGAUACACGUAUAUCAGCGCCAGUUCAGCCAUCAGCUCCACCAUUAGCGGUCCCCCUUCCACAGUAAAACAACUUUUUGCUCAGUCGCAGACACUCGCAGAGGCCCAGAAAGCUGCUUUACCUAUCUAUGGUGCCUUCCAUGCGAGGCACUUAAACCUCCCCGAUAUCGAACAUAUCGUUGCACCUGCCAUAGACGGUAACCGCGAAAUACGGCGGAGGGUGUUUAUUCUCUCACCAUCGAUGGAAGGGGAGAUUAUACAGGUGCCGAUCUCGCACCAAAGCAUCAUCGAACAAACAGCAACGCAUUUGAAGAGUUCUCCAACUGAUUUGUUAGUUGUGGGGCCACAAUGGGGAACGAGUAGUAUCUGCUCAGGACUGAGAGCCCAAGGAGUCAAUCUCGUUGAAGAUCAGUUUUCUGCCCAAUCACACGCGGCCCAUGAGAUAAAUGACAAUGAUGGCAUCGCUAUCAUUGGUAUGUCCGGCCGGUUCCCAGGUGGAAGCAGUCUGGAAGAAUUUUGGAAGACCCUCGAGGAGGGAAGAGAGCUGCACGCCCAGAUUCCCCGUUCACGGUUUAAUGCCUCCAAAUAUUUUGAUUCAUACACCGAUAAAGAGGGCAAUAAUCCUCCUCCUCUCGCCUGCUUCAUUGACGAACUCGGUUUCUUUGAUACCCAUCUCUUCUCUAUGUCUCCCCGCGAGGCAAAGCAAACUGACCCUACACAGAGACUGCUCAUGAUGGCAACCUACGAAGCACUGGAGAUGGCUGGAUAUAGCCGUGAUCUUUACUGCAAGGUUGGAACAUACUUUGGCCAGACUACAGAUGACUGGCGAGAGUCAAAUGCAGGCCAAGAUCCGGAUGUUGACUAUGUACCAGGAAACAUCCGAGCCUUUAGUCCAGGCCGUUUGAAUGACUUCUUCGGAUGGGACGGGCCAUCCUACAGCGUGGAUACUGCUUGCUCCUCUAGUCUAGCAGCAGUUGAACUUGCUUGUAACGCAUUGCGCCUAGGCGAUUGUGACAUGGCGGUUGCGGGAGGGGGCAAUGUCCUGACCGGACCAAUUAUGGUUCGCGGGCUCAGCAGUAGCGGCUUCUUAUCUCCCACUGGUUCUUGCAAGACAUUUGAUGAUGAGGCAGAUGGAUACUACAGAGGGGAAGCUGUUGGAGUCGUUAUUUUGAAGCCGCUGCGCAAAGCGAUUGCUGACAAUGAUAACAUCUACGGCAUUGUUCGAAGUAUCGCUACAAACCACUCCGCCGAGGCGAUAUCCAUCGCACAUGCGCACCAAGACUCACAGGAGCAGCUCUUCUCGACCGUACUUGGCAAGGCUGGGCUACCACCUUCUUCGGUAGACUAUGUGGAAUUGCAUGGAACAGGGUCCCAGGCAGGGGAUUCCAUCGAAGUGGCCUCGGUAGCAAGUGUCUUUGGCAACUCCUUGAAAUUGGACCAGCCGCUUUAUAUCGGCGCUGUGAAAGCCAACAUGGGACACAGCGGAGCUGCUGCUGGAGUUACAUCUUUGAUCAAGGCUUUGAUGAUGUUUCAAAAGAGCCGUAUUCCUCCUCAUGUGGGUAUCAAAGGCCGACUGAAUCACAAGCUCGAUUACAUCGAUGACAGAAAUGUUCGCAUCCCUGGAUCAAACAUACGAUUUGAAUCUCGAUCUGGCCAAGAGCGGCGACGAAUUAUGGUGAACAACUUCAACGCAGCGGGAGGAAAAACGAGCUUGCUAUUGGAGGAAUACCUAAAGGUUUCAAAAGCAAACAAUCAAUCUCGUUCACACUAUCCAGUGGUUGUCUCUGCCAAAUCCUUGAAGGCUUUCGAUGGGAACAAGACGCGGCUGCUUCACUACCUUGAAGAAAAUGGAAAUCACAUUUCCUUGCCUGAUCUCUCAUACACAACAACGUCCCGGCGCUUGCAUCACCCGUUUCGAACGUCCUACUCGGCCACGAGCGUUAGUAAUUUGAUGCAGCAAAUUGCUGUAGACAAAAAACCUAUGAUUCAAGAGAAUCGUGAUACGCCCACGACAGUGUUCAGUUUUGCUGGUCAAAGCACAGAUAAUCGGGGAAUCGCUAAAACACUUUUCUCUUCCUGCGCCGGGUUUCACAAUUCUCUUGUCUCCCAUGAAAAGAUUGUCCUGGGGCUUGGAUUUCCAUCUAUCCUGGAAUACUUGACGGGAGAUGAUGAUGGUAGUCCGUCGUGGCCAAUCGUUGAGCAACUAUCCCUGGUGUCUUUUGAAAUCGCUAUGGCAGAGAUUUGGAAAAGCUGGGGAAUCUCACCGAGUAUGGUGAUUGGCCAUGGUCUGGGCGAAUACUCAGCGCUGUGCGUCGCAGGAGCACUUUCCGUUGCCGAUGCCAUUUACGUUGUUGGUAAGCGGGCAAAGCUCAUGCAGACGAGGUGCUCCACAAACACUCACGCUAUGCUUACCACACCUUUGUCCUUAAAAUCGGCCCAAGAACAUUGCACUUCAUUUGCAUCAUGUGAGAUCUCUUGCAUCAAUGGGCCAAAUUCCACAGUGAUCAGCGGGUCUCAAGAGGAUCUCAGAGAAUUGCAAAGUAGGCUGGACCUACAGGGCAUCAAAGCCAAGGCCCUAGUAGCUUCUUAUGCUUUCCAUUCUGCUCAGAUGGACCGCAUCCUUUUUCCCUUGCGUGAAAUUAUCCAGUCUGUGUCUUUCUCUGUGCCUACAGUCCCUAUUUUAUCUUCUCUGCUCGGGACGGUCAUCGAGGCUGGAAAUGUGAUUGAACCCGAUUACCUGCUGCGUCAUGUGCGGCGGCCAGUCAACUUUUUGGGGGCUGUGCAAAGUAGAGAAUAUGAUCAAAGCACCACUUGGCUUGAAUGCGGGCCUGAACCUGGAUGUCAAAGUAUGAUCAAAACUUUGACGAACACUGCCCAGACAAACCUCAUGCCAGGUCUGAAAAAGGGCUUGGACUGUUGGAAAUCUCUUUGUGAGAAUCUUGCCACAUUCUAUCUGAAAGGCCAAGAGAUUCGAUGGUCCGCAUUUUAUAAGGAUUCGGAUCCAAAUCUCCGAUUGCUUGACUUACCCCCUUACGCAUUUGACACGCAGAACUUCUACAUUAAUCUGAAAGAGGCCGAUAUUCAGGACACUCCUACAAGAAAGAGGAAACGAACCCAGAAACCACUCAGUACCUGCGUCCAAUUCGUGGAGGAAGAGAACAUAGAUCCUCGUGGAGAUGCCACGAUCAGAUUCGUGUCGGAUCCAAAGCAGGAACAACUCCUGGCAGCUAUUGAGGGCCACUGCGUUCAAGGCCACAGUCUCUGCCCUAGUUCGGUAUACGUCGAUAUGGCCGUGACAUCUGCUAGGCAUCUCUAUUGUAGGAGAAACAACGUGGGAGCUGGGUCUGCCAUUGAAGUGACUGACAUCGAGAUCUUCCGACCACUAGUCGUCUUGUCUGCUGGACCCGAUAUGCAGGUGUCGGUUCAGCCCCGCAUGUCCCUGGGCUAUGGCACAGUGCAUGUAUCUAUCGGAUCGCAGCAAACAAAUGAAACCCUUGUCCAUCACUCUACCUGCAAGGUGCAGUUCAGAGACAACGAAGCUUGGAAAGAUGAAUGGGCUCGUUACGCGGAUAUGAUCACAGCUAGAAUGAAUCAGCUGGUGAGCAUGGAAAGAAAGCAGGAAAUUUGUCGUAUCCCGGGCAAGAUUCUCUAUCAGAUGUAUGCUUCGAUUGUUGACUACAAUGAGAAGUACCGCAGCAUCUCGGAUAUAUAUAUUGACUGUGACCACAAAGAGGCUUGCGGUACAAUCCAUCUUCCUGUCGCGUUAGAGUACGGGAAGUUCACAUGCUGCCCGUAUUCGGUGGAUGGGAUUAUCCACUUUGCUGGAUUCCUGUUGAACAACGGUAUCGGCAGAGUCAAGGACACAGCGUACACUUCAACCGGUUUAGAAAGUAUCCGGAUUCUUCAGGAUCGUCUCACAGCCAAAUCUUAUCAGAUCUACUCUCGCAUGAAAGAGUCUAAGGAAAAAAGCUAUUGGGUCGGCGAUGUUUAUCUUCUCGAUGGUGAGGAAAUUGUUGCGACGUGUUUUGGCCUCAAAUUCCAACAGAUGAAGCUCAGCCUCUUGAACCACCUUCUCGGAGGCUCCAAGUCGUCGAUUGCGAGUUCAUCUGCUGACAUGUUGCUCCGUGUCGCCAAUAUCAUUGCGGAGGAAAUGGGAAUGGAGAUGUCAGAGAUCCCGGAGGAAGCACGUUUUGACGAACUCAGCAUCGAUUCUUACCUCUCGGUCUCGAUAACUGGCAGCGUUCGUAGCAACACUGGCCUCCUGAUUCCCGCAGGUAUGUUUGACGGUAAACCGACUUUGUUCCAGAUUAGGGCGCAUCUUGUCCGGCUGCAACCAUCCCCCAGUUCUGGAGAUAGUACCCCAGUCUCGCUGAGCAUUAUUCCCCCACCAACCAUUGGUGGCUCUGAUGCGAGCAUAUCGAAAUUUGAGUAUUCACGUUGUCGAUGGCGAUCACGAAUCCAUCAUGGGCCCUCCUCCGAUUGA